UCGGUAGGUCGGGGUCUGUGCCCACAGAGAUAUGAGGCUGAGCUGGGUCCAGGUCCUGACAGUACUGUCCAUCUGCCUGAGCGCCAUGGCCAUAGCCACGGGGGCCGAGGGCAAAAGGAAGCUGCAGAUCGGGGUCAAGAAACGGGUGGACCACUGUCCCAUCAAAUCUCGUAAGCGGGAUGUCCUGCACAUGCACUACACGGGGAAGCUGGAAGAUGGGAUGGAAUUUGACAGCAGCCUGCCCCAGAACCAGCCCUUUGUCUUCUCCCUUGGCACAGGCCAGGUCAUCAAGGGCUGGGACCAGGGGCUGCUGGGGAUGUGUGAGGCGGAAAAGCGCAAGCUGGUGAUCCCAUCCAAGCUGGGGUAUGGAGAGCAGGGAGUUCCCCCAAAGAUUCCAGGUGGUGCAACCCUGGUGUUCGAGGUGGAGCUUCUCAAAAUCGAGCGACGAUCGGAGCUGUAG